UUGAUUUCGUAAUCACAAGCGCGUCGCUGGCUUAGUAAUCACGCGCCGACCUCCUUGCCGUAAUCUCAACGCGAAGUAGACGUACGACAUGGACCCUUACCACAACUACGGCCACCCGAACCAGGGCCCGCCCGGCCACCCGGGCAUGAACAACGGCGCCGGCCACCCAGGCAUGCCUGGCGCGGGCGGCCGCCCCAUGGGCAUGGGCUUGCCCGCGCUCAGCCAGUCGGGCAUGCCGAUGAUGGCCGACCUUGGCAUGGGCUUUGAUGGCUCGAGCUACAUGCAGCACGGCGGCUACAUGGGCCAGGGCAUGCCGUCGAUGGUGCCGCCGCCGAUGAACGUUGCACUCACGCCAGUCUCAACGACGUCAAGCCAGUCGCCGAUGCCGGCCGCAACUGGUGGCGCCAAGGCCAAGAAGGCACCGGCCUCCAAGAAGCGCAAGGCGCCGCCGAGCGACACGCAGUCAAACCCAGACGCGCCCGACAGCCCAUCGUCGGCGACCGGCACGGGCACGGCCGCUGACACGGAGGAGCAGCGCAAGGCGCGCCGCCGCGAGCAGAUUGCCAAGGCUGCGCGCAAGCAUCGGCAGCGUCAGAAGGACGAGCUCGUUGCACUUCGCGAGAAGGUGAAGGACCUGAAAGAGCAAAUUGAAGUGCUCCAGAGCUCCGAGCCGUCCGAACACGACACCGAGUCGGGCUGGAAGCAGGAGGCCGAGCAGCACGCCGAGAUCCGCGCGCGUGUCGACCAAGAGAACGAGUUCCUGCGCAAGACGCUCAUGGAGCAAAUGAAGUUUAUCCAGCGGCUCCAAGACUACUUUACCAAGCAGCCGCUCCUCAACGCGCCGUCGCUCAACAAGAUGCUGACAACGACACCGUCGUCGGCGCCGCCGGCGCCCGCGCUCAUGCCGCCGCCGUCGAUGCCGUCGUCGUCGUUCUUUCAGCUGCCGACGGUCUCGUUCCGGGACUCGCUCCUCAAGGUCGCGGACGAAGCGAUCAACGUGUGCAUCGAGUCGGUGCAGUACGGCGAGCAGCUCUUCAAGCAGCCCAAGGUCGCCAAUAUGAGCUACCUCGGCGUCACGGUCCAGUACGAGAUGAACAAGGACCACAUCCACAUCUUCCUUCGCCACGUGCUGCCGGGCGCCAACCACAUGGCCGUGAGCGACCGCGUUUGGGAGCUCAUGACGUGCAAGAACUUCAACCAGGACUUUGGCUUUACCGAGGCGUACGAAGUCCUCGACGCGAUCGACAAUGACACCAAGUACAUUCGUGCGAUUUUGAACCUGACGCUCCCGAGCCCGGACAAGAACGGCGCGACCAAGGUCAAGGCCGAGCGUCUCCACGCGGUGAAGCGCCGCGCGAUGGCCAACUGCGUCUACAUUGCGUCGCGCAGCGUCCCCGACGACCCGAGCUGGCCGCAGACGCCGUCGUACAUUCGCCGCCACCAAAACAUUGGCAUCAUGCUCCGCGACUGCGUCGAGGAAGGCCGGUCGGGCACCGAGGUCAUGUGGUGCAUCAAGGUGCAUCUCGACCAGCACACGGACAUGUCGGUGGCCGCCAACACGCCCGACACGAUCCUGCGCAACCUCUUUGAGGUCACGCCGCCAUUUUUCAAGGCCAUUUUGGACCGCGUCCAGCAGUCGUAAUUCUCGUACAACCACCACUUACUAUUCCCUAUUCCACACGAACGAGCACCAUCUUAC